CAGACUCCAGUUUCAAGGAGGCCUCAGGUGUGGCGCUGGUUACAAAGGACUCCCGGUUGCCAUAGCAACAGCAGGAGAUCAGUGUGACACCAUCGACAGGCAACAGGUCGACUGACGCAGCCGAGUUGAGAUGGUGUCUGAAAAACAAGGAGUCCGGUCCAGAUUCGGUCCGUCCACCAGGAUCUUGGAGCUGGCGCGGCACAAAACCUCAAAAACAAUCUGGGCUACGACUCCUCGUGGGAAGCUGAGUUGGGGCGACCAGGAGCCGGGGGGGCCCGUCGGCGCUCCGGCGCUCGGAGCCUUUCCAAGUGCAAGAAUCCAAUACCUGGCCGAGCACAAGAGACGCCUCUCAGCAGGGGACGGCCCCGGGAGGAAGGACGAGGAGGCGAAGACCCAGCGUCCUUCCUCCAAGACGUCCCAGUACCAGAGCUUUGUCCGCCUGUCGGCACCCAGAGGCCGGAGCCACAGUUCCCAGGAGGCGCGGUCUCCUCACACUCCUCGGUGUGAGAUCAACUGUCCGAUCUGGCACGUCGAUCCCAGAGUGAGAACUGCAGCGAUCGCACCUCGACUGCUGCGGCUCGCCAACCCCAAACAGAACCACCCGGACUUCCAGAGCAACAGAGAGAGCGUCUCGUCCCCCGUGUCCUCGGCGUCCAGAGGAGCUCGCGUCUCUCAGCGACUCGUCCAGCUGUCACUGCCCAGACUGAGAAAGAGCAACGUCUGCAGCGAGCUGGGACGGCCGGAGGAGUCGGUCUGGACGGUGUCGAGGGCAGCGAGAAGAGCGACGCCAAGUUCUCGAGUUGAAAUGCUGGCGACACCGAAGCCGCUCUCCAAGGACUACGUCGCUCCACGAGAGGCGGAGUGGAGAAGAAACUUCGUCCUGUUCCCCUGAACCUCCGUCAGCAUCACAACCAACUCACUGCUGCUCUCAUCUCUGCUACUUCUGAAACUAAUUCAAUGGAAUUGAUGGAAAGUAGAAGUCAGGAUGUAGAAAGAGGCUUUGAAAUGAAUGUGCUAACAUACAUAGAUCUUGAUAAAGUCUUUAACCUGUCUGAAGAUCUGCAGAUUCAAUGUUCGUCAAAUUCUUUAGAGCUUUAGUUUCUUACAUCUUUUCCACUAAUGCGAUACAAUCUUUUUCGAGAGGAAUUUCAGUAUUUUUCCGCCGGAGUUGUGUGUUUAUAAAUGUGCAAUGUUUCCAGACUCUGAGCGAAAUCCCAGAGAAAGAAUUUCCAGCCUUUUAUCGGUGAAAAAACACUUGAAGUGACAUUUUGUGGAUUGUUUGGCAUUUGCCCAUUAAGAUUAAAUUGUUGCCACAGCCACCGAAAUACCAGAAUUCCUCUUUAAACCACAAACCGAGAGAGAGGCCCUUCACCUCAGUGCAAACCCCAAAGACGAGCAAAGGCAACAGACUAAAAGUUUUAAAAAAAAAGGAAGUUUUAAAUUCUCGAAGGAUUAGAAAAUGUGUUGAAAUUCUCAGUUUGAGGGAUCUGGUCGGGAAACGUGUCGGAGAUCGAUCCCAACGGUUGCGUGUGUGUCUCCGCUCGUGUGUUGAUGUCAUCACCGCGUGCUGGAGCCAUUAAACCAGUUAUUUCUGGAUUGCGACAUCGUGAUUUAUUAACGAUCGCUGCUUUAAAUCUCCGAUGUUUUGGCAGAAUCGGUGAAUCAUGUCAGGAGUAAAAAAACUGAGUGUGAUGUCGCGAUCCAGGAGGUUUUUCCUUUGCAGUGGAGCUGGAUUUCAUGUUUCUAUCACAACCAUGUGUGUGGAUGCUUGUCUCUGCACUGAUUUUUUAAUCCACUGGGUAUUUUAGACCAUAAUGAAACCACUAAAUAAAACCUUUGUCAAUUUCAACACCUGCUUUUGAUUUGGGACAGAUGUGCGUGCACGGAGAGAGGUUCCAGCGCCACAUCAGGCCGCUGUGCACGUGCACGUUGAAGAUGACAUCAACCAAAGCCAUUCAGAAGCUCCCCUCUCUCCUCCGAAAGGUCGUGACUCGUGGAAAGUACCACAAUCUGGCCACUGUCCAGUUGACAAAGGGGUUGUGGGGCCUCGGUUUGGGAAUCCACUGUGAGACACAGUUUUUCCAUAAGAAGCGGUCACGGCUGAUGUGUGCAGAGGUGGAGGCGCGGUGCAGUAAUUAGGGCUGGAGCCCUGCGGGCGGGGGCCGCCGGCGUGGGCUGGAGAUCAGCGCAGGUCUGUGGGGCGGCUGGAGGCCGAGGAGCAGACAGACAUCAGAGGAGACUGAACCCAUGUC